AGCACAUCCCCGCGCAUCCAGGCGGGUGGCGCCUCCGCUGCGGCAACUGCGCCUCGCGCAUUGCCGCAGCUCACGCCCCGGUGGCGGUUCGCUGCUUGCCGCGGCCGCGCCGCCCUUGCGGGCUGUGGGCUGCACUCGGCUGUCACCAGCCCCGCACGACUGCGGGUGCUGUGGCGCGCCCUUUGCUCUGGGCGGGUGUGCGGGCGGCAUGGGAUAAGACACCACCAUGGUGCGCCGAGAUCGCCUCCGAAGGAUGAGGGAGUGGUGGGUCCAGGUGGGGCUCCUGGCUGUGCCCCUGCUGGCAGCCUAUCUGCACAUCCCGCCCCCCCAGCUUUCCCCCGCUCUUCACUCAUGGAAAUCAUCAGGCAAAUUUUUUACUUACAAGGGACUGCGCAUCUUCUAUCAAGACUCUGUGGGUGUGGUGGGAAGUCCGGAGAUAGUCGUGCUUUUACACGGCUUUCCAACGUCCAGCUAUGAUUGGUACAAGAUCUGGGAAGGUCUGACCCUUAGGUUUCAUCGAGUGAUUGCCCUCGAUUUCCUAGGCUUCGGCUUCAGUGACAAACCGAGGCCGCAUCACUAUUCCAUAUUCGAGCAGGCCAGCAUCGUGGAGGCGCUUCUUCGGCAUCUGGGGCUCCAGAACCGCAGGAUCAACCUGUUGUCUCACGACUACGGCGAUAUCGUCGCUCAGGAGCUGCUCUAUAGGUUCAAGCAGAAUCGAUCUGGUCGGCUUACCAUCAAGAGUCUCUGUCUGUCAAAUGGAGGUAUAUUUCCUGAGACUCACCGUCCCCUCCUUCUCCAAAAGCUUCUCAAAGAUGGAGGCGUGCUGUCACCCAUCCUCACACGACUGAUGAACUUCUUCGUGUUCUCUCGGGGUCUCACCCCAGUCUUUGGGCCGUACACCCGACCCUCUGAGAGUGAGCUGUGGGACAUGUGGGCAGGAAUACGCAACAAUGACGGGAACUUGGUCAUCGACAGUCUCUUGCAGUACAUCAACCAGAGGAAGAAGUUUAGAAGACGCUGGGUGGGAGCUCUGGCCUCUGUAUCUAUUCCCAUUCAUUUUAUCUAUGGGCCCUUGGAUCCAGUGAAUCCCUACCCAGAGUUUUUGGAGCUGUACAGGAAAACGCUGCCGCGGUCCACAGUGUCGAUUCUGGAUGACCACAUUAGCCACUAUCCACAGCUAGAGGAUCCCAUGGGCUUCUUGAAUGCAUAUAUGGGCUUCAUCAACUCCUUCUGAGCUGGAAAGAGUAGCCUCCCUGUAUUACCGCCCCUGUUCCCUUAUCUAUUGUGUAUUCCACUUAGGAAGACAUGCCCAAAAGAGGUCCUGGCCACCGAACACUCUCUCUCACAAAAGUCCACCUGCCUCACACUGGUGAACAGCAUAUAGUAAAAAGCCAGCAUAAGCUCUAAGGGGGACCUGACAGUCCACCUCCCAUUCCUUUGACAUUUGCUCAAGUGGCUGGACUUGCGGUAGCCUUGGUGUUGUUAGGAAAUUCUGAUGAGCGCUCCUAUUCACUGAUGCAGAAAGACAUGUUUGCGUAGUCUUUGAAACGCUUCUCUGGACUUUUCUGAAAUAUUUAGAAAUGCUAAUUUCUGCCCCAACCCUGACUGGAGUCACCUAUGGCAAAGGAGGAGGAGGUGCCGCCCUCACCCCUCCUUGAGGGGCUGUAAGUUCUCUAAGUGACACACAGCUUCAAGUGAGAGUGAUUCUCCCUUGUCAUAACUUUGGAUUUAGUUUCAUUAGCUGCUUCUAACUGUAGACAUUUUGUUAGAUUUUGGUUUUAAUAAUGCAGUAUUUUAAGUAUACGUUAAGACUGUGCUUUACCUACAUGUAUGCUAUGUGUGUAUUUUAUAAGGAUACUAAACCGGCAGACACUUACUCUGGUAGAAUAGUUUAACCUUAUUAAACAUUUUUCAUUUCUAAAUAAACUGAACUAAACCCAAACUAUUUACAGAAUUUCCUAAAAAUCACAGGACAUUAAGGACAGGAGCAUUCGUGCCAGAGAUUUACUGUUAUUUGCUGUUAGAAGCGAUCUUGGCAGCUAAUAACAGUCGCACUCUUCAUACCUCGGUGCUUAGAAGCAUGUCCCUCCUGAGCUCAAGCCGAGAGGAGGGAUCGCUGUACAGUCCGCGUUCCCAGGCCGAAUGUACACUGAUGGCUUAACUUCUUGUUGGUUGUCCCAGAGAGGGUUCCUCAUGUAGCUCAGCAAUUCCUGUACUUUACAGACAGGAAAGUUCCAGAAACCCUGAGAACAAAGUCUGAAAGGCCUAGGAGCAAAUGGUGCUGAAUACUUUUUUUCAAGCUACAGUUUCAUUGUCUCAGUUAAAACAAGAGUAUUAAGUGGUAAUUUUAAAUUCUUUUUUUUUUAUUAGCAACUUCAAGUAUAACAACGGAAACUGGAAUAAGUGUUUAUUUUCUAUGAAUAAAAACGAAUUUUGACAAAA